ACAUGCAGUGAGAGACUGAAUAUGCAGUGAGAGACUGAAUACGGUGACACAGUGUCAACGUUACCGGGGCAAGAAGCUGCUGCGCGACAGGGAAUAGGUGACACUGUAUCUAUAUUUCACGCGACAGAAGCGCCGCGCAAUGUAAUUUACAGAUUGAAGGAAUAGUACAAGAAAAAACAUACAAUAAACGCAAAAAUGACGGUGGAUUUUGAGGAAUGUAUUAAAGAUUCACCUCGAUUCAGGGCUGGCAUUGACGAGGUGGAGACUGAUGUGGUGGAGAUUGAAGCGAAGCUAGAAAAGCUGGUGAAGCUGUGCAGUGGAAUGAUCGAGGCUGGCCGGGCAUAUGUCGGCGCCAACAAGCUGUUCGUCAACGGCAUCAAAGACCUGUCCCUGCAGUGCAAGAAGGAGGAGAUGAUCUCUGAAUGUUUAGAGAAGUGUGGGGAGAGUCUCCAGGAGAUAGUCAACUACCACAUGAUUCUGUUUGACCAGGCUCAGAGAUCUGUAAAGCAGCAGCUUCAGACCUUCAUCAAGGAAGACGUGCGUAAGUUCAAGGAGACGCGGAGGCAGUUUGAGCGUGUGCGUGAGGACCUGGAGCUGGCGCAGGUGAAGCACGCCCAGGCUCCUCGUACCCGUCCCCAUGAGGCGGAGGAGGCCAGCACCGCCCUCUGCUCCGCCCGCCGCAGCUUCAGACACCUGGGGCUGGACUACGUGCUGCAGAUCAAUGUCCUUCAAGCCAAAAAGAAGUUUGAGAUCCUUGAUUCUAUGCUGUCAUGCAUGCACGCCCAGUACACAUUCUUCCAGCAGGGUUACAACAUCCUGGAUGAGAUAGACCCCUACAUGAAGAAGCUAGCAACAGAGCUGGAUCAACUGGUCAUCGACUCAGCUGUGGAGAAGAGAGAGCUGGAACACAAACAUGCUAUCAUCCAACAGAGGACUUUGAUGCAGGACUUCUCGUAUGACGACACCAAGGUGGAGUUCAACGUGGAUGCACCCAAUGGGGUGGUGAUGGAGGGAUACUUGUUCAAGAGAGCCAGCAAUGCUUUCAAGACCUGGAACAGGCGAUGGUUCUCCAUACAGAACAGCCAGCUGGUUUACCAGAAGAAACUGAAGGACUCUCUGACGGUGGUGGUGGAGGACCUUCGGCUGUGCUCAGUCAAGCCCUGCGAGGACAACGAAAGGAGGUUCUGCUUCGAGGUCGCCUCCCCCACCAAGAGCUGCAUGCUGCAGGCUGAGUCGGAGAAGCUACGACAGGCGUGGAUCCAGGCGGUCCAGGCCAGUAUCGCCUCGGCCUACAGAAACAUUUCAGAUAACUGCCACAUAGAGCGUUUGGACAGAACCGCCUCCCCCUCCACCUGCAGCAUCGACUCGGCCAACGAGGCGCGGGAGCGGGGGGGGGUGCGGGGGGACAGUCUGGUCCAACGGGUGCAGAUGCUGCCGGGCAACGAGCUGUGCUGUGACUGCAGCCAGGCCGCCCCCUGCUGGGCCUCCAUCAACCUAGGUGUGCUGCUCUGCAUCGAGUGCUCAGGGAUACACAGAAGUCUGGGGGUUCACUGCUCCAAGGUGCGCUCCCUCACACUGGACUCCUGGGAACCAGAGUUACUCAAGCUGAUGUGUGAGUUGGGUAACACGGUCAUCAACCAGAUCUACGAGGGAGCCUGUGAUGAGCUGGGUGUCCGGAAACCCAGUCCGGCCAGCAUUAGGCAGGAGAAGGAGGCCUGGAUCCAGGCCAAGUACGUGGAGCGGCGCUUCCUGAGGAAGCUGCGAGGCACUGGGGCGCUGGGAGAGGGGGGGGGGAAGCCACGCCCCUGGGGGGGGAAGAAGUGUGUGAGACGCAGCAGCUCAGCGCGGCCGCCCAAGACCCACAGGAGGCACCGGCACGACCUCGGGAGCGCCUUGCCUGCCAACCUGUCUGCAGCGGCUGCAGCAGCAAAGUUCCGUCGUGACUCUCUUUUCUGUCCUGAUGAGCUGGAUCAUUUGUUCUCCUACUUCGACACCGGGUCUGGGCCUCGCAGUCCUGCAGGUCUGAGCAGUGACAGUGGCCUGGGCGGCAGCACCGACGGCUCCACAGAUGUCCUGGUGUUUGGCUCUGUGGUGGACAGCGUCACCGAGGAGGAGCAGUCUGAGGACUCCAGUGUGGAGGGGGAGGUGGAGGUGGAAGUGGAGGGCUGGGACGGUGAGGAUGUGAGGGAACGGUCCCCUGGCUCCCUCCUCCAGCGGGCCUCUGGGCUGCGCUGCGUGGCCCUGAUGGCGGAGGCUCUGGCCCUGGGCGCGGACGUCAGCUCUGCGAGCGAGGACGAGGAGGGCCGGACGGCCCUCAUACAGGCCGUCAUAGGGGACUCUCUGGUGGCGUGUGAGUUCCUGCUGCAGAACGGAGCUGACGUCAACCAGCGUGACAGGAGGGGGCGAGGCCCGCUGCACCAUGCCACACACCUGGGACACACCGGGCAGGUGUGUUUGUUUCUGAAGAGGGGUGCGUCCCAGACGGAGGUGGACGAGGAGGGGCAGGAUCCUCUGAGUGUGGCGGUGCAGGCGGCCAACGCAGACAUCGUCACACUGCUGCGUCUGGCCAGGAUGAACGAGGAGAUGCGUGAGGCGGAGGGUCCUGUGGCCCUGGGUCAGCCAGGCCAGUACCACAGCAGCAGCCCCACAGAACAGCAGUAUAGAGUCACAGCAAGAACCAGGAGGGUGAAGAACAAGGAUGGUGGUGACAGAAUGAACAGUAAUGGGAGCAAGAGAGCGCCAACCACAGCCACGCAGCGACUGAAACAGGAUUACCUCAGGAUCAAGAAAGACCCCGUGCCUUACAUCUGUGCAGAACCUCUCCCCUCCAACAUACUGGAAUGGCACUAUGUUGUCAGAGGCCCAGAGAAGACACCAUAUGAAGGGGGAUAUUACCAUGGAAAACUGAUAUUCCCACGUGAAUUCCCCUUCAAGCCGCCCAGUAUCUACAUGAUUACACCAAACGGGAGAUUUAAAUGCAACACAAGGCUGUGUCUCUCCAUCACAGACUUCCACCCUGACACCUGGAACCCUGCCUGGUCCGUGUCCACCAUCCUGACCGGGCUGCUCAGCUUCAUGGUGGAGAAGGGCCCCACCCUGGGGAGCAUCGAGACCUCCGACUACACGAAACGCCAGCUGUCUGCCCAGAGUCUGGCCUUCAACCUGAAGGACAAGGUCUUCAGCGAGCUGUUCCCUGAUGUUGUUGAUGAGAUCAAACAGAAGCAGAAGCUGCAGGAGGAGUUGAGUGUUCGCCAGCAGCCCCUCCCCCUCCCAGACGUGGUCCCUGACCGUGACCCUCAGCACGCCCACUACGGUCUCCCCCCCCUGAACGGAGCCCCCGCCCCCCUCGCUCACCCCGCCCCCGGCCUACAACAGGCCAAUCGCAACCACGGACUGUUGGGCGGGGCCCUGGCCAACCUUUUUGUGAUCGUGGGCUUUGCGGCGUUCGCCUACACGGUGAAGUACGUGCUGAGGAGCAUAGCCCAGGAGUGAGUCUGCUUUCCCCAGGCAGGCUGCAGAGGACAGGAAACACAAUACUACAGAGGGGGGCCCCCCCCCCACCCAAGACUGGAAGAUUGAGGUUCAGAGUCCCCCACUCUUAAAGGGGUGAGGCAGGAUGAAGGUGGGGGGAGGGGGUUAAAUAGUUGUGAUCCAAUAUGUGUUUUCGGUGGUUAACAGGAAGUGCUUGGCUCAUGGGUUGGGAGUGUGUUUGGAGCCGGCAGACAGGUCCUUCUCUGUGGGUGUACGGGGGGGGGGGGGGU